AUGUCUGAUAAAGUUCAGUACUCUGAACUCCGUCGUAUUCCUUCGGUUUCAAAUCUCAGCGAACAAGAUGUGGACGACAUUGCUCGGACGGAUUCGGAAGCAGAAGGGACGGUGUACAAGAACUCGUAUGCAUCUUUGAUGAAUGAACUGCAACCAACAACUUCAUUUGAUGAUUUCAAGCAAUCAAUCACCCAUCUCACGGAUAUUUUUCGUGCAGAUCCUUACAUAUUCAUGAUGACAGAUGAGAAGGGAAAAGUUGAUUAA